AUGUCUAAGCCUGCGUUGCGGAAACUCAUUAAACAACAACUAAAGUCAGCAAAGGAGGGAAAUGUGCAAUUGACACUCGCAAGCCUUGAAAGCAUACCUUCGUUUGCCAAUGCCUCAAAGGUAGGGCUCUUUAUAUCAAUGCCCCAGGGGGAAGUACAGACUAUGCCAAUCAUUAAAUAUUGUUUUGAUCAAGGGAAACAAGUGUAUUUACCACGGUGUCAUUCUACUCCACACAAUUGGAUGCAACUCUUGCGAGUAAAUAGCUAUAAAGAAGUUCAAUCUUUGACCCCACAGGGCAAAUACCAACUUUUGGAACCUUUGGUAGGAGAGGAUAUUUUGGAUACCGGAAGGUUAGACGUAUUGAUAAUGCCGGGGGUGGCCUUUUCACCAACCUUACAAAGAAUAGGUCAUGGUGCAGGGUUCUAUGAUAGAUGGAUAGCUAGUUACCACCAAAAGUAUGGCAUUACUCCACAAUUAAUUGGAAUUGGAUUGAAAGAACAGCUUGUUGAAAAUAUACCGAUUGAAAAUCAUGAUUGGCCACUAGAUGCCGUCGUCAUUGAAGACAAGAUCUACAAGAAAUGA